UCUCUCUCUCUCUCUCUCUCUCUCUCCCUCCUGGAAAAUUUACCCAUUUCCUGAAAUGGGUUUCUUCUAUAACGUGUUUAUCUCCUUACCAAAAUGUCUACUUGUUGAAUUAUCUCCAUAAAGUUUGAGCAUUUCAUUGAAAUUUGAGGAAAAGCAAAAAAUGUGAACGCUUCAAUCUUGUUUUGUUAUUGUUCUUGUGUUAGUGGAAAGUGAAAGCACUGAGUGGAAGUUUUUUUUAACCAAAAUUUGUGUCUGUCGUGGCCUCAGUGUGGAUUUGGUAGGUGAUAUUUAAUUGGGAUUUAUACAAAUGUGAUUAAUGUGCAACAGAAAUGAGUUUUUAUAGUGAUUUUAGUGGUGGCAUUGCAUAUUUGAUACUGACCGGUUAAGAUGGAUUGUAGUUCAGUUCGUUAAGAGCAUUCACCUUGCACCUGGGUACGGAGUUUGAUUCCUCCGUUUCCCAAUGUUGCUUGUAGCUCAGUUCGUUAAGAGAAUUGAUGAGGAAGUCAAUUCUCUCUUGCCUGUAUGGGAAAUUCUUGACGGUGUUUUGUAUACAGAGAUUGGCUGCUCCGCCAUACUCGACUCUCAAGUGUGUUCCACUGUUUGGUUAUGUGGGGGAAGCCACUCACUUUGCACAGAACCCAGAAAAUUGGAACUAUUAUUUGCCUGUUUUGAGGAAUCGUUCUCCCUCGGUUGUUCUUGUAAGUUCCUUCCCUAGACUUCAUUGUCUGGGAGCCGCGCACAGCAGUGCUGACAGGGCUGAAAAUUGUGAUAUUAUGGACAUCUGUCAUUCUUUACUCGACAUAAAUACACAUGAGAAACAAAGUUUAAGCAAGGAGGUUCCAUCAGUUAAUGACAGCAGCGACUCUCUUAGCAAGGAAGAAAAGGAGAGACAGAGACGGAAAAAAAUAGGACAGGCCAACAAAGGGAGGAUACCAUGGAAUAAAGGCAGGAAACAUAGUUCAGAGACUUGUGAGCGAAUCAAGCAGAGAACAAUAGAAGCAUUAAAGGACCCCAAGGUUAGAAAGAAGAUGUCUGAGCAUCCCCGUCCUCAUAGUGCUGAGUCCAAGGCAAAGAUGCGUUCUUCACUCAGACGUGUUUGGGGACAGCGUUUGAAGUGGAAACAGUUAAGGGAGAAGAUUUUUCUUUCAUGGGUACAAAGCAUAGCAGAGGAAGCUAAGAAAGGUGGGAGUGGACAGAAAGAGCUCCACUGGGAUAGCUAUGAGAAAAUAAAACUAGAAUUACAUCUCCAACAGCUUCAGCAUGCUGCAGAAAAGAAAAAAGCAAAGGCAAAAGAGAUGGCAAACAAAAGAGCAAAAAAAGCAGAACAAGCUAAAGCAAAAACGGUGGCAAGGCUUGAUCCCGUGAGGAAAGAUGGAGUAAUUAAUGAAGAUGAUGAAGAGUUGACAGUUCCUCAAGGGCUGAAACGUAACAAGAGAUUAAUGAAGCUUGACAGAAAGACUUUAAUAGAUGGUCAAGUUGCUGCUCAACGGGAUAUAACCAUGUCACAUAUCUCAUCUUUGGAGAAACUGGACCUAGAGCUUGUAAAGAGAGAGAAAAUUCGAAAAGGUGUUUCGUUCGCAGACCAGAUCAGAGCUGCCAAAAACAAAAAAUUGGAACUAGCUAUGGUAGCCUCAUCCUCUAUUCGUGCAGUGGACGAGAAACCAGGGAAGAGAAAAUAUUCGGAUUCUUGUACACAUUUUUCCAACUAGUGCAAGAGUCCCCUCAUUUCUUUACAAGCUUUAUGCCAAAUUUCCAAUAUUACAACGAAGAGUUCUUCAAGCUGCAAUGCAAUCUUUUCAUGAGAAAAAUGUGUGUUCGGUGAACUGUCCUUACCAGAAACUUUUUAUCCGGCCCUCAGCUUUCUCAAGCAUGAAAUAUCCAGCUUGCCUUGCCAAUGUCCCUCUUGCCCUGCCAGUAUCCGGCUUGCCUUGCCAAUAUCCAUGCAGGUUGCAUUAUGGUGUUAAGCUGCAGAUAUCUCACAACUUAUAGGAUGUCGCAUGAUUUUUCUCUUUUAGUUUUAACAUUGAUCAAAAGCUCGCGGGUGUAGUCGAUGGAUUGUAAUUUUCAGAUUUGGUUUUUCUUUUACGUUUUGGGCACAAAUUUAUUGAUCUG